AUGGGGGAGUUCGACGGAGCGCUCUCGCAGCCGUCGGCCGCCGUCUCCUCCAAGAAGAAACAGCUCCUGUCCGCCGCCAUGAAGAGGACCAGCGAAUGGUCCGUCCUCCGCCCUAGAAUUACUCCCUCCGCCAGUGAGGAUCAUGUUGUUUUCGUCGUUGUUCUUCAUCUUCUUCUGAUCUGAACUCCGAUUGUGUUUGUUGCAGGAUCUUCUCCCAGGAGAUCCCCAGCGAUAUCACGGUUCGUGCCGGCGGAGCCACCUUCUCUCUGCACAAGGUGAUGAUUGGAAACAAACAAACAGAUCGUGAUCCGGUUUGAGCGGAUGUACCGAUGGACUUCUCCUCUUCUUCCCGAACGGAUUUGAUCUUUACUGGAUCGAUCGAUCGCGAGAAGUUUUCUCUGUUCUGAAGAUCGCACGGAAACGAAUCGUGAAUUCGAUUUCUGUGGACGAAACGAUGCGUUAGGGUUUUGAAAUCAAUCCUGAAUUCUGAUUUCUGCAGUUCCCGCUGGUCUCCAAAUGCGGGCUGAUUAGGAAGAUGGUCUCGGAGGCUAACGAUGCGGACCUCUCCCUCCUCGACCUUCCCGACGUCCCCGGCGGCGCCGAGGCCUUCGAACUUGUGGCGAAGUUCUGCUAUGGCAUCAACUUCGAGGUCACCAUUGAGAGCAUCGCCAUGCUCCGCUGCGCGGCGGAGCACCUGGAGAUGACGGAGGACUACGCCGCCGGCAACCUGGUCAGCAGGGCGGAGGACUACCUCAACGAGGCGGCGCUGACCAGCCUGCCCAGCGCCGUCGAGGUGCUCCGCCAUGCGCAGGGUCUCCUUCCGGCGGCGGAGAAGGUGAACCUCGUCGGCAGGUGCGUGGACGCGGUGGCGCUCCUGGCCAGCGAGGAGGGGGAGUUCGAGCAUGUCGCGAGCUCACCGGCGGCGGCGCCGCCGCCCAGUGGGGUGGUGGACUGGUGGGCGGAGGAGCUGACGGUGCUCAGAGUGGACAUCUUCAAGAGGGUUGUCAUGGCGAUCAAACGCAGAGGCUCUGAAAAGUACGCCGUCGGGCCUCUGCUCAUGCUCUACGCUCAGAAGUCCCUGCGAGGUCUGGUAAGCCAUCGUCUGCCCUAUUUUCUAUAUUACAACAGGGAACGACCUCAAAUGAAUCUCCCGUCCCGUCCCCAGGACAUAUUCGGAAUGGGGAAGAAGAAGAUCGAGCCCAAGAAGGAGCACGAGAAGAGGGUGAUCCUGGAGACCAUAGUCAGCCUCCUGCCGAGGGAGAGGAACGCCAUGUCCGUGAGCUUCCUGGCCACGCUGCUUCGAGCGGCGAUCUACCUGGAGACGACGGUGGCCUGCAGGCUCGACCUCGAGAGGAGGAUCUCCUCGCAGCUCGAGCAGGCCGUCCUCGACGACCUCCUCAUCCCCUCCUUCUCCUUCGCCGGCGACGCCGCCUUCGACGUCGACACCGUGCAGAGGAUCCUCGUCAACUACCUGGAAGCCGACGCCGCCGGCGACGACGACGACGACGGCGGCGCCGCCGCCGCCGCCUCCCAGAUCGGCGGCCUCAUGGAGGCCUACCUUGCAGAGGUGGCCGCCGACGGCAACCUGAGCGUCCCCAGGUUCAUCAGCUUUGCAGAGCUCAUCCCGGAGGCGGCGAGGGCCACCGAGGACGGCAUGUACAGAGCCAUCGACAUCUUCCUCAAGGCCCACCCCGCCAUGACCGACGCAGAGAGGAAGAAGGUCUGCGGGGUGAUGGACUGCCAGAAGCUCUCCCGCGAGGCCUGCGCCCACGCCGCACAGAACAGCCGCCUCCCCGUCCAGAUCGUCGUCCAGGUCCUCUACUACGAGCAGCAGCGCCUCCGGGAGGGCGGCGGCACCGCCACCGGCGGAAACUCCCCGGCGCUGCCGUCCUCCCUCCGGGCGGCGGCACCCGACGAGCUUUCCCGCCUCCGCCGGGAGAACGAGGGCCUCAAGCUCGAGGUCGUCAAGCUAAAGAUGCAGCUCCGGGAGGCCCAGAAGCCAGCUCCGGCGGCGGCGGCGCCGCCACCGCCGCCGCAACCGCCCUCCAUUCCCUCCGCCGGGAAGCCGCCACUACCGAAGAAGUCGAUCGUCAACUCAGUCUCCAAGAAGCUGGGGAAGCUGAACCCCUUCGUCCGCCCCGAGUGGGUGCGCCUGUCGCCGGGGAGGACGAGGACGAAGCCGCCGAAAGAUCGCCGCCACUCCGUCUCCUGA